AAAACACAGAAUAUUUAUACACAACGUAUUAUUAACCUAUCUCGAUUACAAGCCACCAACUCUAAAAACCAAGCUAGAUGCGCCAAUUCCCCUGCCAAGCCACUGAUGCUCUGGCCAGGGAUGAUCUUUGAACGAGCGCUGGUGAAAAAAGAAGAAAAACACUCCCUGGGCAGUUAUUUGAUUCUAUUUCCCCCCUGAUAUUUAGUAUAGGAGCAACACAAAUAGCUUGUAGCUUGCACUGCUCAAGUUUGCCUCUCAACAGUACACACUGUGUCUGAACAUGUGACCCCUGUAACCUACCUACGUAUAUCCAUGGAUGGCAAAAGGAGAACAUCAACCAAAUCAUCAAUUCUCAAAAUACACAACACAACACAACACUUCCUCCAAGCACCAUCCCCACCAGUAUUGGCACACAACCAUCACAAGCAUCAAUCCACCCUUCCUCCACAGGCGGGACAUCCAAGACGGCUGGGGAGUCUUCCCCUGCCUCCUCCCCCCAGCGCCCCCUCCCCCCCCUUCCCCAGCAUCAACACAACCAUGCCGCCUCCCCCCCCAUCCACCACCCCCAGCCCCCAAACAGACAACAUCCCCCUCAGCUAGCAUCGACACCAGCCGUGAUGGAGAUCACAUCAGCAGCAAGGUGGUGGUGGACGACGACGACGACGACGAAGACGACGAAGACGACGCGGCGGAGGGUAUGGCGUCUACUCAUCCUGCCGCUCGUGGUCGUUGUGUUGGUGGUGUUAACGAUUGUGCUAUCGGUGCUUGGGGCGAAGGGGAUAUUGGGCGGCAAGGGGAUAGAUGGUGAGGGAGAUGAUGGGCGGAUGAGGGUGGAGACGAGGGAUGGGUUAUCAAGGCCGUGGUAUCCAUCUCCGCGAGGUGGAACUGUCCAAAGUUGGACUGAAAGCUACGAAAAAGCCCAGGAGUUAGUGGGUAGAAUGAGUGUGGUUGAAAAAGUGAACGUCACUACUGGUGUGGGUUGGCAGAUGGGGCUCUGCGUUGGAAACACUGGUCCGGCUAGCUCGGUGGGCUUCCCAUCGCUUUGUCUGCAAGAUGGGCCUCUAGGCAUUCGCUUUGCAGAUAACAUCUCCGCGUUUCCUGCCGGUGUUACCGUCGGUGCGACAUGGAGUCGUGACUUAAUGUACAAGAGGGGUUUUGCGCUGGGGAAAGAAGCUCGACUUAAAGGAGUCAAUAUCCUUCUUGGCCCGGCUAUGGGUCCUAUUGGUGUCUUGCCUGCGGGGGGCAGGAAUUGGGAAGGCUUUGGCUCGGAUCCUGUCCUCCAGGGCGUUGCAGCCGCAGAGACCAUCCGCGGAGUCCAGGAUAAUGGAGUAAUGGCGACCGCUAAACACUACGUGCUCAACGAGCAAGAGCAUUUCCGCCAGGAGGGUGAAUGGGGGAUACCGAUUGCGAUGUCUUCCAACAUUGAUGACCGUUCACUCCGCGAGGUGUAUGUGUGGCCAUUCGCGGAAAGUGUACGGGCGGGCGUCGCGAGUGUGAUGUGCGCGUAUCAGAUGGUCAAUAAUUCCUAUGCCUGCCAAAAUAGUUUGAUUUUGAACGGCAUCCUCAAGGAUGAGCUUGGGUUUCAAGGCUUCGUCCAGUCGGAUUGGUUGGCGCAACGGAGCGGGGUUGCCAGUGCACUUGCUGGUCUGGAUGUCUCAAUGCCUGGUGAUGGCCUGGGGUGGGCGGACGGCAUUUCCCUGUGGGGCCACCACUUGACGCAGGCUGUCUUGAAUACAUCUGUGCCAAUGGAUCGAUUGAAUGAUAUGGCGACGAGGGUAGUGGCCUCUUGGUACCAAUUGAAACAAGACUCCUGGGCGAAACCGCCCCCGGACGGGGACGAGGGACCAAAUUUCUCGUCUUGGACGCAUGACAGAAUCGGUCGAUUGCACCAAGGCAGCCCGGAUGACGAUGCCAAAUGUGUUGUUAACCAAUACAUCAAUGCGCAAGGUGAAGGGGAUGAUGCCCAUGGCCCACUUGCGCGUGAGAUUGCAGCCGAAGCCACAAUUUUGCUCAAGAAUGAAAACGGAUUCCUACCACUUUCCAGGGACGGCCCAGGACUAUCAGAUGAGAAGUAUCGCAUCGGCAUUUAUGGAGAGGACGCCGGAGCUGGCGAUGGACCAAACGCUUGCGCGGACAGAGCGUGUAACCAGGGCACGCUGGCGUCCGGUUGGGGUAGCGGAGCUGUCGAUUUCCCCUACCUAAUAACGCCGUGGAAAGCUCUAAGCAGGGCGUUCAAUAACAAAUCCACAACGGUAUCCGGGUAUCUGACAAAUGAUCGGACUCCACCAGAGGAUAUGCGUGAUAAAGACUUGUGUCUUGUUUUCGCGAAUGCGGACUCUGGCGAAGGGUUCGCAAGUUGGAAAGACAUCCGUGGUGACAGGAAUGACCUCAUACUCCAGAAGGGCACAGACAGCCUUGUUUCUCAGGUAGCGACAGAAUGUGGUGCUGGCAAUGGCAGCACAGUUGUGGUGAUCCAUUCUGUUGGGCCUGUGAUCGUUGAGUCCUGGAUCGACCUCCCGGGAGUCAAAGCAGUGCUUCUAGCGAACUUACCUGGAGAAGAGAGCGGAAACGCGCUGGCUGAUAUUUUGUUCGGCGAUGUGGACGCCAGUGGCAGACUGCCAUACACCAUGGGCAAAAACCUUACCGAUUAUGGCCCUGAAGCUGGAAUCCUUUAUAAAUCCGAUGAUGUGAUUCCGCAAAAGGAUUUUUCCCACGGCCUAUACAUCGACUACCGCUACUUCGACGCCCAUAACCUAACGCCGCGAUAUGAGUUCGGUUACGGCCUCUCAUACACCACCUUCAACCUAUCCAACCUGAUCCUCAGACCGUUGAAAUCCAAAACUCCACUCCCGUCUCCCAGACCGAAAGAAAAUUCUCCACCAUGGUACAACACAACAAUCCCCAACGUUGAAUGCGCCUUAUUCCCAGAGAAAUUCAGGGUUCUUACCAAAUACAUCUACCCGUACUUAUCUUCUGUAGACGACAUCAAACGAGAGCCCCCAUACGAAUACCCGAAGGGAUACGACGAAGCCCAACCCCCCUCACCCGCUGGAGGAGGUGAAGGCGGCAAUCCAUCCCUCUUCGAGCCAUUUGUGACGGUCAGUGUCACUGUCAGUAAUACGGGGACUCGUGUCGGGAAGGAAGUUGUGCAGGUCUAUGUGUCGUUCCCUGAGAACGUGCUCGACGAACCUAUACUCGACAACAAUAGCAGCAGCAGCAGCAACAGCAACAACAACAACAGCAGCGACAGCAGCAGCAUCAGCAACAGCCCAAACAACAACAGCACCACGACCAACCCGAGCCACAACAGCACCAGAACCGUGGAUUUCCCGCUGCGCGUGCUCCGCAAUUUCAACAAGGUAGAGGUGCAGCCCGGGCAAAACGUAACUGUGAGCCUGCCGCUGACACGCAAGGACCUGAGUUACUGGAGUGCUGUGAAUCAGAACUGGGUGAUGCCUGUUAGCGGCAAGUUUCAAGUGUGGGUGGGGAGGAGUUCGAGGGACUUGCCGCUCAUGGCGGAAUAUUGACGACGUGGGUGGGGGGGGGAAGGCGGCAAUGAAAAUGCAUGCACGGGAUGGAAUGAAUUGAUGAAUUGAUGAAAUUAAUUAAUGAUUGAAUAUGAUGUGAUGUAUGCUAUAAGAUGAGUUAAUGUUAAUGCUGUCUGUCUGUCUGUCAGCAUGAUUAUUUGUAUUUAAUCUGGUCCAACAUAUGAGAUGGAACUUGACUAAUAAUAGAUAACCUGCUGGAUAGACAGGCCCAAUAUUAAAUGUGAUAAUGAGAUGAAUAAUAAUGAAUGUUAAUUAAUUAACCCUAUGAAGAAGGAAUGAUGGAUGGAUAAAAAGAAAAACAAUAACUUCAAGUAUCAAAAAAAU